AUGUACCCGAAGCCAGUUUCCCUACGAGUUCAGGCCGACGUAGAGCGGCGAGACCACCUUUGGGAAGAAGCAGAAAGACAGGACCAGGAAGAAGACGGCGCGGCCCAUAUCAUCCAGAUCUCUCCCGCGAUACAGGAACCAACAGGGGCCACGAGCACCAUCGGCCCACGGCAACAUCGUCCACGGUACUCUACUCAUCGAGGGGAUGACCUGGGGAAGAUGAACCGAGCACUGGCGGGCAUCGAGUGGAGAGACCCCUGCCAGAAGGAUAUCAGGCCACGGUACCAACGGAGGGCGCAGGAUCUCGAUAUACUGAUGAUUUCGGCACCAGCAUUCCACGCAGGUAUCCGUCGCAGGAAGGACCAUCGGCAUGCCUACGAAGAUGUGACUUUCCUCAACCUUCACAUGAUCGAUAAGGCGCUCGGGGAAAGGGGCGAGCAGGAUAACCAACAGGACGAGGACGACCGUUUCUCGCAGAAAAGCUACCUCCAGAGCUCGCAGACCUAG